AUUGCUUUAACCUGCGCUCACCGGGAAGAUGACUCCACUCGCGUCCUGCUGAUGCAACCGGUUCGGACUGGACUGAUGGAAAUAUUAAUGAUGACACCAGAGGGAAAGAAACCAUACUCUCAGACCGAUUUGUUAGUACAAGAACCCCAAACUUUCAGCUUGAUCAGUCAGACUCAGAUGAAAGCAGUAUAUUUCUUUCUACGUGUUUAUAUUGUUAUUUUAUAGCUACCGUUAGUUAUCGUCAUUAUUACGCUUUCUCAUUGCUUCAAAGACCAGCUUUACAAAAACAGAUCCUUCAUUUGUCCCCUAUGACCCGGAGAGCUUCCAGGAACACCACCUCCAGAAGCCAUAACAGAUCCCAGAGCGCAGCAAUAACAUCAGCAUCAUGGCUUCAAAAGUGCUCGAUGGAGGCUGGGGAUGGGCGAUUGUUGCGGCUUCCUUCAUGGCCCAGUUCCUUGCUUAUGGAUCACCCCAGUCUGUGGGUGUACUCUACCCUGAGUGGCUCCAUACAUACCAGCAAGGCAAGGGCUUGACUGCCUGGGUGGGCUCCCUUGUUUCUGGAGUGGGACUAAUAGCCAGUCCUAUCUGCAGCGCCUGCGUGGACAACUUUGGCGCUCGCCCUGUGACCAUCUUCAGUGGUGUAAUGGUGGCUGGCGGCCUGAUGCUCAGUGCCUUUGCUCCAAAUGUUGAAUUCCUUAUGUUUUCCUAUGGGAUUGUGGUCGGCCUGGGUUGUGGUCUGGUCUAUGCAGCCACCUUGACAAUCACCUGUCAGUAUUUUGACAAGAGACGCGGCCUCGCCCUUGGCAUUGUCACCACAGGCACAAGCGUUGGAGCAUUCAUCUACGCCACUGCUCAGAAUGAGCUCAUCAUGUUGUAUGGCUUGCAUGGUUGCCUCCUUAUCAUUGGAGCUUUAGCACUAAACCUCAUGGCUUGUGCUGGCUUCAUGAGGCCCCUCAAUAUGCCUGGGUACUACCUCAAACAGAAGGCCGCCCUCGAGCGCAACACAGAAGAGCAGAUUUUUGAAAAGCCCCAAUUGGGAGACCUGAAGAUGACUGCAGGUUCUACUACAGCUACUCCAGAGAAAACACUGGGUGUGAAGGAAUUGCUCAUUACCAUUGAUGCCAAGGACUUGGCCAUUCAGACUAUGAAGAAAAAAGGCAGCUUCUUUUCUGGGUUUGAUAUCAUAAAGGUCAUCAAAGAGAAACGGCAGGCUUACUCUAAGUACAUCCACUCCAUGUCUGAGAUCCUGCAGGACCAAGUGAUGGUGGCUUUCUGUAUCGGUGUCUUCAUGUUUAGUUUAGGUGCAUUCCCACCUGCGCUCUUCAUUGAGGAUGUGGCACAGAGUCAAGGACUCAUUGAAGAAGUUAGUCUAAUUCCUUUGGUAUCAAUAGGGGCCAUUGCAGCUUGCGUAGGUAAACUAGGGCUAGGUAUCCUGGUGGACAUCAGGUGGAUCAACAGCAUCUAUCUCUAUGCCUUCACCAUGUUUGCAGGAGGUGUGGCACUGCUCAUUAUUCCUCUCACUAACAGUUAUGUAGGACUGCAGAUCCUGUCUGCCAUUGUGGGUUUCGCCAAUGGAAACUGGUCUCUCACCUCCUACAUUACCACUAGAAUUGUUGGCUUGGAAAAGCUGACACAAGCCCACGGCAUCGUCAUGUUCUUUGGAGGAUUUGGGAUCAUACUUGGGCCCCCUGUUGUAGGGUGGUUCUUUGACUGGACACAGUCAUAUGACCUGGCGUUCUACUUUAGUGGGAGCUUUGUGUUGCUGGGAGCAUUCCUUCUCACUCUGCUCACCCUUCCCUGCUGUAACGGGAAGCACCCCGAGAAUGACAAACCGGAGGUCCUUUAUAGCAGCAGCUGUGACAAAGUUGCUUCAGUAGCCUGAGUCUGAACACCUUUCACAAGAUUUCAGAUAUUAUUCAGCAACUUUCUUUGAACUCCUAGAAGAAUAUUUUUGUUUUGACUGUACAGGGGUCACCCACUUAUUUCUGGUGCCAGAUAUUAAUACACCAAAAUUAUUAAAUAGAGGCCAUUUCUCUGUGCUUGGCCCAGUUUCUCAGGUUAAAUCACACACUGCAGAUCUCUUUUGAAGAUUUGAUUCUGAUGCCUGUGUCGACUUUUAUUACUGCCUCAUUUUACGAGGUAAACUGAACAACAUUGUUCAAAUUUGAAACACUGAUACUCACUUUAUUGUUAGUCUGAAAAAUAAAGACAAGGUGCCAUUCAUAACGCUGGUAAAACAAAUCUUUGUAAAUUUGUUCUGUGUUAUUUUAGCGUGAUGACAAACAUAUAUAACUUUUUUUUUUCAUGAUUACUUAACUAUAAUACUGUUAUAUCUUACCAAAGCAUCCGUAAUAGUCAAUACCUGUCAACACAUAAUGCCUGUUGGAACAAUGAUAAAGCCUUUGUUUUACAUGAUUUUUAAAGUGCAUUCACUUAAUUUAUACACGUACCUCUUUUUUUCUGAAUCAGACAGAAGUAGACGAAGUCAUUCUGAUUCAAAAAUAUGUAAGCACAAGAAGGAGAUCCCAUUGUUUUUCCAACAAUAGCAGCAUGUUGAUUCUCUUUCUGGUGUGAUUAUUAUGAACUCUGCUGGCAUAUUCGCCUGACCAGGCUGGUCCUUUUCAUUUUCAUGUUUUGUCUGUCUAUGUUUAUGUGUACAUUCUGUCUGUCAGUGUUCACACAGGCAUGUUUGUACAUGAACACAGGUUGUGUGUUUGUAUUAUUUGACCUUGUUUUUUUGUAAUACAGCAGGUUUGUCCUUUGUGCGUGUGCCAUUUAUAUGCACAAAUCAGCCAUAGAGCUGUAAAAAUGUUUUUGCUUAAUUUGAUGUCAUCAUAAUUGUAAUGAAUACAUUGCAAUAGGCUUUUUUUGGUCACUUGAAUGUUGGUGAAUAGAUCACUACAAAUACCCUUGAUGUUUCUUAACAGUAAGUUGGGACUAGGGUUUGCUUAAUUUGCUUUUUAUAUUUGUAGAGGGUACUCAUAGAGCAUGGGUUAGGUCCUGUUUAUAUGGAUGAGACUGUAAGAUUUGGCCACUAUUAUUAUUAUUUUUUUAUUCCAUUAUUAUACUAUUUAUGUUGUUUGU